AUGAAAAAAUUAUUUUUGUUACCUAUAUUAUUGUGUUUUUGUAGUAAAGUAUCAAUAAUUAAGUAGGUACAAUAGGCGCAACAUAGGCCUUGUAUACAAUAAAACUAAUAUUACGCUUAUUAAAGUCUCUCGAUUAUGUUUAUUAUUGUUCACGUUUAUGGUUUCAUUUUACGCUUAGGGUUUAAAGUUUACUUAUAUUACUUAUGAGUUACGAGCUCAACGUUAAAACGGCGGCAGUUCUUUUGAACCAUAGAGUCGCCGAGUUUGAGUAGGUAUGAGCGAGUUUAUGAACGCAACCCGUCGCCAUGCGUGCGAGGGAAGCGGGGUAGGAUCACAGGGAUUCCCCGACGAACGAGAGUGUCAAACCAAAACAAAACAAUUGAACAAUCAUUUGAUUGAAAGUGUGUGUAAGGUGCGCAUUGAUUUUUUAUAAUAUAAAGUUGGUGUGUUACUGAUUGUUUUAAAGUGUUUUCACGAUGAGUGACAGUAAUAAUGAUAAGAAAAAAAAGUUAUCUGGUUACCAGAAUCUAAUAAGGAAAAGAAAACAAGAAGAAGAACGUAAUAAAAAUGCAACUAAAAUCAGUAAAUAUUUUACGGCCCUACCAUCCACUUCGACACAAUCAUUAGAGACAGAAACCAGUCAUGUUAUCGAUGAAAGUGUUAUUAAAUCUGAUUCAAAAAACGCUUCCUGUGGUGAUGAUGCCGCCGAACUUACGUCUGUACCUGAUACACUAUCUACACCGUCAAGACAAUUAUCGUCACCAAUCCCAACUUUUUCCAAAGAUGACCCUGGAGCCUGGCCAGAAGUUUUAAAUGCUACUUUAAUCGAGUAUUUAAUAGAAAAUCCGAUUAAACAAAUAAAACAGUACAAUUUUCCGCGUGACUCUUCGGGACGAAAAUUUUCUGAGUAUUAUUAUGAAAGGCAUUUAGGAAACGGUGAAAAGUAUCACAGAGAGUGGCUGCUGUAUUCGGUGUCCAAAAAUGCCGUUUACUGCUUCUGUUGCAAGCUAUUUGAAUCAAAAUAUAAAAAUAAAUUCUGCGAGGGAAUUAGUGAUUGGCAACAUCUAGCUUUGUAUUGCAGCAGACAUGAGAAAAGUUCUGCUCAUUUCAAUAAUUAUAAAAAAUGGACAGAUUUGUGUCAUGCUCUUAAAAAUAAAAACACUAUUGAUAGUAUUCAACAAAAGCUUUUAGAGGUUGAAAAGCAGCGCUGGUACGAUGUAAUAAAAAGAAUAAUAUAUGUAGUCCAAUUUUUAAGUACACAAAAUAUGGCUUUUCGUGGCCAAAGCCAAAAAUUAUAUGAUAGGAACAAUGGUAAUUUUUUAAAAUGUAUUGAAAUGUUAGGAAAAUUUGAUCUCUCAAUGACUGAACACAUACGACGCGUAAUGAAUGAUACGGAUUUUAAAAAUAUGCCGACUUAUCUUGGAGAUAAAAUUCAAAAUGAAAUCAUUCACAUUCUCGGUAAACAAAUUCAAGAUUUUAUUUUAAAUUUAUUUCAAAUUAAUAAAUAUUUUGCAAUUAUACUGGAUUGUACUCCUGACGUUUCACACGUAGAACAAAUUAGUAUUAUAAUAAGAUUUGUCAAUUUUAAUACAGAAAGUAGAAAGUUGGAAAUAAGAGAACAUUUUCUAGCUUUCUGUCCAAUUGUUGAUACAACUGGUGCUGGGUUAACGUCAUUUAUUAUUGAAAAAUUAAACAACAUUAAUUUGAAUAUAAAUAAUUUAAGGGGCCAGGGUUACGACAAUGGAUCAAAUAUGCGCGGUAAGAAUAAUGGUCUUCAGAAAAGAUUGCUGGAUUUAAAUCCCCGCGCUUUCUAUGUACCGUGUGCUAGUCAUAGUUUAAAUUUAAUAGUAAACGACUCUGCCAACCUCAAUCAUCAUACGACUGGAUUUUUUUGUAUUGUGCAAGAAUUAUAUAAAUAUUUUUCAUCCUCUGCUAAAAGAUGGGAUUUAUUAAAAAAAUAUGUCAUAAAUCUGACCUUAAAACCAUUAUCUGAAACAAGAUGGUCAAGCAGAAUAGAUGCUAUAAAACCGCUUUUUACAAAUUUACCAGAAAUUUAUGAUGCCCUAUAUGAAAUAACAAAUAAUUUAUCAUAUGAUCCGAAGGCAAAGUAUGACGCUAAAUGUCUAGCAGAAAAAAUAUGCACAUUUUCAUUUAUUUGUUCACUAAAUGUAUGGCAUAUAAUAUUGACAAAAGUAAAUUUUGUGAGUAAAAUUCUGCAGUCCGUCGAUAUGAAUUUGCAAGUUGCUUUAGACGCUUUAACAGAUUUAAAAAAAAUUUUAAUAAAAAUUAGAACAGACACAAAUUUUGAAGAAAUUGUAAGUGAUGCCAAAAAAAUUGCCGAAAAAUUAGACGUCGAGACUGAAUUUGAAACUUCCAGAUCCAGACCCCUAAGAUGUCGUAAAACUCCAAAGAAUUUCGAUUAUGAACACGAAGACCACACUAUAAAUGAUCCGAAAACCUCUUUUAAAAUUAAUGUAUUUUUUUAUAUAUUAGACCAAGCUUUAUCCUCCGUAAAUGAAAGGUUUAAUUUAUUGAACAAUCACAACGACGUGUUUAAUUUUUUAUUUAAUUUAAGUGACGACCAAGAUCAAACACGAUUAAGAAGUAACUGUCAUCUUUUACAGGAGAAACUUUCAGCAAAUGAUUCAUUGGAUAUUAACGCCGAUGAUUUGUUUGAAGAAAUAAUGUCAUGUCAGCCAUUUUUCAAAAAAUUAAAUAAUAAUGUUGUGAAAAUUCUUGAAUUUAUAUAUUUAAACAAUUUGACAGCUGUAUGCCCUAACAUUACUAUAGCAUUACGAAUUAUGCUAACUAUGCCAGUUACAGUAGCAAGCGCGGAAAGGUCCUUUUCUAAGUUAAAACUUAUAAAAAAUUAUCUGCGCUCCACAAUGAGUCAGGAAAGACUAACAAAUUUAGCAACAAUAUCCAUAGAGGAGGCCAUACUAGACCAUAUAGACAUACAUGAAAUUAUCAAGGAUUUCGCAAACAAAAAAGCGAGAAAAGUGGAAAUAUUAUAAUUUAAGUAGGAAUAUUUACAUUCUUGCAAAUGUUAAAUUCUUGUUAUUUUUUUAAACAUAACAUAAGUACGUAAUAGUCAUAUAUUAGUAUUAUUAGAAAAAAGUCAA